GAAUUGAAUGACCUUGCAAGGGACCCUCCAGCACAGUGUUCAGCAGGUCCUGUUGGAGAUGAUAUGUUCCAUUGGCAAGCUACAAUAAUGGGGCCAAAUGACAGUCCCUAUCAGGGUGGAGUAUUUUUCUUGACAAUUCAUUUCCCAACAGAUUAUCCCUUCAAACCACCUAAGGUUGCAUUUACGACAAGAAUUUAUCAUCCAAAUAUUAACAGUAAUGGCAGCAUUUGUCUUGAUAUUCUACGGUCACAGUGGUCUCCAGCACUAACUAUUUCAAAAGUUCUUUUGUCCAUCUGUUCUCUGUUGUGUGAUCCCAAUCCAGAUGAUCCCUUAGUGCCUGAGAUUGCUCGGAUCUACAAAACAGAUAGAGAAAAGUACAACAGAAUAGCUCGAGAAUGGACUCAGAAGUAUGCGAUGUAAUUAAAGAAAUUAUUGGAUAACCUCUACAAAUAAAGAUAGGGGAACUCUGAAAGAGAAAGUCCUUUUUGAUUUCCAUUUGACUGCUUUCUAUGAGCCCACGCCUCAUCUUCCCCUGUGCACAUGUUUACCUGAUACAGCAGUGCUGCGUAUUGUACAUACUUGGAACAACAAACUAGAAAUACUUCUGUACCAACAUUGCCUCCUAGCAGAGAAGUGUGUGUGUGACAAGCCAGUUCUUCAGGCAUAACCUAGGUGUGAGACUAAAAGCUUUCAUUAUUGACUUAAAUUUGGAUUACUGCAAGGUGUGAGGGGUGGUGGGUUCAUGGUGUGUGUUUGGAUUGGGGAGAAAGCUCCACUGACCUGUAGGAGAUUGUUUUUAAGUGGAAUCCAUUUAAACCCAAAACAGUUAUGAACAGCAAGGUGUGAAGAACAUGAAUCUGUUUCUGUAUUCACUUUAUUUGAAGGACCUACAACUUAGAUGAAAGUUAUGACCAACCACAUCCAACCACCCACAUCCUGUAUUUUAAGGUCUAAGUUUUAACUGGUCAACAUUUAAAUGGAUUGGAGCUAUUAGUACAUAAAGUAUGAUGGGCUUUGUUCCCAACUCUUUCUCAUCUCCCUGCCCCUUCAACCUUCCUCCUUUCAUCCCCUUUCUCUCCAUAUUCUUUGGUUUAUAUGUGGUUUCUCAGUUAAUACAUAGCUAAUAGCUCUUAUUUUUCUUAUGUUUUUAACUGCUUAGGUCUAUUUGGAUGUAAGGGUGAAAAUUCAUUUGAUGGAAAUACUUGUGUAUAUUUAAAGACCCAAUUGCUCCUCUGGAGCUUGUACGUUGAAGAAUGGUUAAUCUGUGUAAUAAACUGAUUACUACAGUCAUUACAUAUAAUUUUGUGUGAAUAGGCUUUUUGAUUGUAAGAACUUUGUCUAGCUGAGAUUAGUGGUGGAUUUUCCUCACCCCUGAAAUAUUUUCAUUUAUAGUGGUUGCAUUUCAAAAUCGUGAAAACAAUUCCAGUUUACAGAGUAAAAAAAGAUAUCUGGAGAAUAAUUUUAUUGAAGAAGAUAGAGGCAUAAAGUUAAAGGCAUUUUUAUGAAACUUACCUGUGCAGCACUCCAAGAACAUGACUGUUAAACUUAGUAAGAAAUUUGCCUUGUUGAUGAAACUAAGCUGCAUUUCACCAAAAUCUUGUGACAUUCCCUUGGUACAUAGGACAUAAAACACAAAGACAUUUGCUAUUUGGUAAGUUAAGUCUCUGUGAUUGUAAUUUUAAAUGAGCGACUUUGACCAAACCUGGGAAACAUGAGCACAAUCUUGUACUGGAGAGUCUGCAUAAUUACUUUGCACUAACAUUUGCAGGAUGUUCAUCCAAUUUUAAAUUGUACUGUAUGUGGCUUUUUGAAGUCCUCCCUUGACUUUAGUAAAAUGUAGUUUAAAACUUGUAAGCAACUGUGUUUGCCAGAAACAUUAAUCAUGUGAACUAGACAAGUUACCUUUUUUCCUCCCUUCUUUUCCUAAUCUAAUUGUAAACCAGGCCAACCUGAAGGCCAUGGCUGAUACUCUCUAGCCAUCAAGUUCUUAAAAAUGCAUCUUUACACUCUUGCACAAAAAUUGAGGAAUAAAUGUCCACUGCUUUUGGUUUU